CUUGACAUUUAAUUAACCUCAACUUUUUUCGCGUUGACGACGCGACUGCAUAUUUGAAGACGAAUAAUUAAGCAUAGGCGAUAGUCUUUGCUAAAAAAAAAUCAUGUCGAAGGGGUACAGCGAUGAUUAUGAUCAGGGUUACGAUUAUACCUACGAUGACUACGGAUCCCACACGGGUGAUCCCAGCUUGGACGAAUACAAUCGACAGCAUUUUAAGAUGCCCGAGAGCGUGAAAAACUUUCUGGUAUACUUCAGAAAUAACGUUAACGAAGGGUUGAUAUUCGAAUUGCAAGCUUUAUACGAACACACCUGGCCGAAAUUGACCGAGGACUAUUUCGAGAAAAGGCCAUGGCCUGAAGAGAACGAAGUAGCUACUAUAGUCGAUAACGAUCCCGUGUUUAUGAUUCUCUACAAAGAAUUAUACUUCAGACACAUCUACGCGAGGAUCCAAGGAGGCCCGUCGCUCGAGCAACGUUUCAAUUCGUUCUACAACUAUUGCGAUCUCUUCAACUACAUCCUGAGCGCUGAAGAGCCCGUACCGUUGGAAUUGCCCGAUUUGUGGCUGUGGGAACUGAUCGACGAAUUCGUCUAUCAAUUCCAGUCGUUCGCCCAAUAUAGGGCGAGAUUGCAGAGUAAAAAAGAGCAGGAAUUGGAAACGUUGCAUUCCAACAAUAAAGUGUGGAAUGUCUUGUGCGUGUUGAACGUGCUGCAUUCGCUGGUCGAUAAAAGCAAUAUUAAACAACAAUUGGAGGUUUAUGCAAGCGGAGGAGAUCCGGAUUCCGUGUCUGGAGAGUUCGGCAGCCACUCGUUGUAUAAGAUGUUGGGGUAUUUCUCGUUGGUUGGUUUAUUGAGAUUGCAUUCAUUGCUCGGCGAUUAUUAUCAAGCCAUUAAAGUAUUGGAGAACAUCGAAGUUCAUAAGAAAUCCCAAUAUGCUCAUAUCCCGGCUUGCCAAAUAUCCACAUCGUAUUACGUCGGAUUCGCCUACAUGAUGAUGAGACGUUAUUCAGACGCUAUUCGAACGUUCUCUUCGAUUCUGUUGUACAUACAACGUACGAAACAGCUAUUUGCUUCGAAAACUUACCAACACGAUCAGAUCAACAAGCAAACGGAUCAGAUGUAUCAUUUGCUGGCCAUUUGCUUGGUGUUACAUCCGCAAUGCAUUGACGAAUCCAUUCAGCAGACGUUGCGUGAGAAGUCCUACCACGAAAAAAUGUACAAAAUGCAGUACGGGGAUUUGCAGGAGUUUGAGAGCAGUUUCACGUACGCUUGUCCGAAGUUUCUCUCGCCUUAUCCGCCUCCGAUCGAUUCACUUCCAGGUGAUUAUUCGAAGGACGCCAUCCAACAUCAAACGCAGGUAUUUAUGGAGGAAGUGGCCCAACAGAAGAUGCUGCCGACUAUCCGGAGCUACCUUAAGCUAUACACCACGUUGCCUUUGAGCAAAUUGGCCACGUUCAUGGCGCAGAAUAGCCGAACGAACGAGGCCAGCAGGGAUUUGGCUAAGGAAAUUCAGAGCUUGGUGAUACAUUUGUUGUGUUUCAAGCAUAAGAUGAAGAACGUGGUGUGGUCGAGGGGGGCGUCGGGAUUGGAAGGGAAAUUCCAAAGCGGAUCGGAGCUCGAUUUUUAUAUCGAUAACGAUAUGAUCCACAUCGCUGAUACGAAGGUGGCCCAUCGAUACGGGGAUUUCUUCAUUAGAAAGAUUGUCAAAUUCGAGGAUCUUAACAGGAAACUUCAUCAACUUAAACUGUAAUUUACUCGUAACGUUUGUAUUGUACUUUUUAAGGGUUGAAUAAACGAGUUCUCUCACA